UUUUUUGAGACUGACACACUGCCGUAAAGCGUACUGCAGUAUUCCGGGUUUUGUUGUUGAAAUUGAUACGCGAUCAGGAUGUGGAUGUUAUCGUUCUCUUUAUUGUCGUUUUUCGUUAUUUUUUCCAGUCAUUGUCUAGUCCUGGCUCUUCAGAAUGUAACGGGGGACUUGUUCGGAUCCGAAUCAUACGGAACCAUCGCUGCUUUUGGGGAUUUUAAUUCAGACAAGCAAACGGACCUGUUCAUCAUCAGAGGUCAGACAGAACUAGUUAUAUUCCUGGCAGAUUUAAAGGCCCCUUACUUCAAGCCCAAGGUGAAGCUUUCAUUGAAGGAUGUCAUUAUCAGCAGUGUGGUUCCAGGAGACUACGAUGGAGAUUCACAGAUGGACGUUCUUCUCACCACUAAGAAAAAAAGUGCCGACCAAGAAACAUCAGUUGUAAUUUUCUGGGGAAAUAAUCAAAGUCUAGAUGAAAAUCAAAGGACCAAAUUAAACAAGACUUUUCAGGAUGAACCCUUAAUAAUGGAUUUUAAUGGUGAUAUGAUACCUGAUGUCUUUGGUGCCAUUAAAGACAGUCCCCAGACGCACAUCUGCUAUCUGAAUGGAAGGAACAUGUCAUGGCAGAAAGCACUGGAUACUGAUGCAAAAAUGCGUAUACCCCAUUCUCAUGCAUUUAUUGAUGUGAAUAAAGAUUUCACUGCAGAUGUAUUCCUCACUACUGAAAGCACAGCCAAGGUUACACAGUUUCAGACAUGGAUAAAUAAGGACGGGAACUUCUCCAAAGGCCCCAGCUUGCUGAACAUACCUGACAAUGUGAUGAAAACUGGCCAAUCUGCAUUUUCUGAUUUUGAUGGAGAUGGCUUUCAAGACCACCUGCUCCCAGUCUGUGAGGAUGAAGUGUGCCAUAAAAGCGCCAUCUACCUCAACAAACCUGGAACAGAGGAGUGGAUUCCAAUCUUAACAGACUUCCAGAAAAGAGAUACGCUGUGGGGCUUCGUCCCUCUUGAAACUGGCCUUCACAAUCCCAUCACCCUGCACCUGGGUGAUUACAACAUGGACGGCUUUCCAGAUGCACUGGCCAUCCUCCGGAACACGUCUGGGAGCAAUCAGCAAGCCUUUCUCCUGGAGAAUGUGCCAUGUGCCAGCGUCAGCUGCAGGGGUGCAGGUCGUAUGUUCCGAGUCUUCUGGGAGCUCUCAGACCUCAAUCAGAUCACAGAUGCUGUGGUGGCAACCUUCUUUGACAUUUAUGAAGACGGAAUAUUAGAUAUGAUGGUGCUCAGUAAAGGUCCUAAGAAUGAACUUGCCAUCCACGCUUUGAAAAACAACUUCGAGGCAGAUGCUUACUUUGUGAAGGUUAUCGUGCUCAGUGGACUGUGUUCCAAUGACUGCCCAAGGAAAGUCACACCCUUCGGAGUGAAUCAGCCCGGACCUUAUGUCAUGUACACCUCAGUCGACUCCAACGGAUAUCUCAAAAACGCAUCAGCCGGACAGCUAAGCCAGUCGGCGCAUUUUGCCCUGCAGCUGCCCUAUACUGUGCUGGGUUUGGGACGCAGCGCUAACUUCUUGGAUCAUCUGUAUGUUGGGAUCCCACGUCCCCCGGGAGAGAAGGCUAUACGAAAACAGGAGUGGACUGCAAUCAUCCCCAAUUCUCAGCUGAUCGUCAUUCCCUAUCCCCACAGCAGCCCACGCAGCUGGAGCGCCAAACUUUACCUGACCCCAAGUAACAUAGUGCUACUAACAGCCAUUGCACUAAUUGCCGUGUGUGUUUUCAUCCUGGCAAUAAUUGGCAUAUUGCACUGGCAGGAAAAGAAAGCGGACGACAGGGAGAAACGCCAGGAAGCUCACAGAUUCCAUUUCGAUGCCAUGUGAAAACACCAGAGUCCUAUAAUGGCUGUUUACCCGCUAUUGGAACAAGGGCCUUCUGUCACAUAUGUCAAUGGAAUGGAUGGUUAGGAACUGUGUAAUUUUAAAGAAUGUUUUGCUAUUUAUUAAGGUGAAUUAAAAUCUGAUUUGAGACCGCUUGACAGCUGCUUUGUAUUAUGUUUACUUCACAAUCAAAAGGAAAUGGGUUAGGAUUGACUGUACAACUGUUAAUUAUUACGAGAUGAAAAAACAACUGCACUGUAUGUUGCUGAAACGUCAGCUUCUGACACAUUUUCUGUUCGAGAUUUUUAGCACCAGAAAUAUUAUCUUGAUUAAAGAAAGAAUUGUUGUUUUAACUCUUUCAACACUGCAGAACUAUAUAUAUAUAUAUAGCACUUGGAAUGGCAACUGAAAACUACGAACUGCUAUAGUAUAGGAAAGGCAACUCAAAACUGCGAGCUGCUCUAUUAUAAGAAAUAAUAGGAGUAAACUCCUAUAUUCCCAGUAGGAGGCACCUAAAACUAUUAAAAUAGGUAUUAUGCAGUUAAGUUAUUUAGUGCUGAAAGAGUUGAAUAAGAAAAAAGUCAAAAGCUGAAGUUCCGUUUUUUGUAAUAAAGUAACUUUGAACAUGACUAAAAAUGUAAAAUACCCUUGGGGGAGACAUAUCAAGAAAAUGUGUUUGUACUGUGUUAAAUGUUCAUUUGUUACAUUGAAAGCAGCAUGUGCAUACAGUAAAUUAUGUGUUUCACUUAACAAUUAUUUCUAUAUUGUUCUUCCUACACUCCAGUUUUUGCAUUCUGUAACUGGCUACACAUGUAUGUUCAGGCAAACUGAAUGAUAUGAAUGGGACUGGGAGUUGCACUGUUCCUUGGUACUUGCUGGAGCUGAACCCACUUGUAAAGUCCUUUUCAUUGACAUUCAUUCCUUAAGCUUUGUUUGCCAAGUUUUUUUUUUUUUUUUAUGCACGGUUAUUAAAAUCAGUAGAAAUGCCUUCAUGCAAUAAGUGCUGCUAUACUAAUACUACUGAACCAUUUAAUUCAAACUAUUCCUGAUGGUCAAGCUUAAUUAUGUAUUGUGGGUAUUAUUUUAUGUUCUGGGCUAAUGUAUUUUCUGUCACUGUGUAUUGAUCAGUUUGGUUUUGUAUAUUGUAAUUGAAUGCAGAAGGCCACUAAGGCUAAGUAAAUGUCUUGCAUCUUACAAAUUAGUGAAACCUAUUCUGCUUAUGCAUUACUCAUGCUUUAACUUUUCAGGGUUGGGGGUGUAAGGUGGUGAUCUGUUUGUCACAGAUAAAUAAAGAUGUGUACUACUUUAUUGUUGUGGUAAUAACAAAAUGCAUGCAAACUUCCCUGUAAAAUUAUUAAAAAUAAUAUACAACAAGGAUUCUUAGCCUUCAAGCAAGACUUCUGUUUCAAUAGAAAACUCCCUUUGUUCAAUGGCUUCUGAAAUGCUUUUGUGAAGGAAAACUUUUAAGCCCAGUAUAGUGACCAACCAGGAUUAUUCCUGAAAGAAUGUUGGUUCUGUACAAAGCGUGUAACUAAGAGUAUCUUGCCGUUCCUCCAUUAUCAGUUCUCAUAGUUUAGAUUUUCAUAUUUGCGUAUGAUACUGAAGUCUUAAACAGAGCACUCCAACAAGCAAGUGCAUUGGGCUUAAUGACGCAUGGCUUUGCCCUGAGGCAACAAACCGGUUUUAAAAUGCUAUUAUGAAUUGAAAAUGAAAGAAAAGAAAGAAAUGAAAAAAAAUAAUAAUUCAGUAGAAGUUAGAAAGAAUGUUGUCCUAUCUGCUAGUGUCAUCAGGCUUGGAACUCUUUCCUUCACAAACACAGAUAACCUAUGAUUAUAAAAUUGGUGCAAUACACUGAAAAAGUUUCAUUAACAAGUAUGUUUGGAGAUAUGGCUACAGGAGAGUUAAAUCAUUGAAUAUCUGUGGGGUUUUUUUUUGUUUGUUUUUUUUGUUUUUUUUAAAUGCAACAAAAGAUAACCAGAAUAAUGCCAUGGUGUUUAGUGUUUUAUUAUAAGAAACAACAUUGAAAAUGCUGCGUUGCAUGCUGAGAUUUUGAACGCCUGGCACAGAAGGUGUUGAAAAAAUAAGAAUAUUUGUUGUCACAAUGAUUAAUAUUGUUACUGUUUGUUUUGCACUUUAUUCAUGUUAAGCCAACUUUUGGUAUAAUAAGAAAUGACCCAGUUAAUUCCCAGCUGAUAACCUAACCUGAUGGAUUCAUAGACAAAGGGAAUAAACAGCAGCAGAUAUAAAUACCACUGCCCUAAAAUUUA